GGCUUUCCUCCUUUCCCCACUGGUCGCUGGCCGCUGGCGCUGCAGUCGACAGUUUGCGCCGUGCGCGAAAGCCGAAAGCGGAGGGCGAACUUCCGAAGCCGGAAGGAGUGGAAUCUGAGGCCCGGGGGCGGCGAGGCGACGAAAGGCAAGGCCAGAGGCCAGAGGCCGACGCAAUGCCCAGCAGCAGAUCACGAGGUCGAGCCGACGAGCAAUCGAGCGUCGAAGACGAACGCCCUCGCUCUCGCUCUCGCUCUCGCUCGAGGUAGGGCCUAGGAACGGCGCCAGGCAACCGUGCGCUCUCGCGAAGGAGGCCGACCGCCACGAGCGUAAGGACGACAUUCUUUGGAGAACGCGACAGUAGAGGUUUGUGUGCCGAGAGGAUCGAGCAGGGUAGGCAAGGCGAGGGAAGGCAAAGGUGAGGUGAGGCAGGACCGCGGGGAUGGCAUCCAGGAACAAGAGCAGGCGCAUGGCGGAGACCGUGGACGCAGCGGAGUGGCGGGGAGGCACGACGAUGGAGCUAGCUAGCUAAGGCAUGGCGGACACAGGAUUGACCGAAGCGCAGAGGACGAAGAGUUAAGGGCAUAGACGCAGGGGGACCCGGCGGCGGCUGAUCUCACAUCGCGCGGCCCGCGAGUGUGGUCCGGGGGAUCUGUUGUCGUGAGAGUGAGGCGCUAGUUCGGACGGGUGGUCGUCUGGUGAGUGGUGGUGUGUCGGGUUGGAAAGAUGAUGGGCACGAAGGAUGGGAAGGGGGAUGGCGCUAACCAUCGCGGCCUGACUGGGAGUGGUGCUGGCGCUAAUGGCGUCGAGACUGGAGCUCUGUUUCCGCGAUUGCACGUGAAGGAGACGAAGAGAGUUGGGCCGCGAGCUCCACCUCGGAAUAAGAUGGCGCUCUACGAACAGUUCACUUUUCCCUCGUAUCGUUUUGUACCACCUGCUGUUAUGCUGCCAACUUCUGGGCUUUCAGCAGGAUCUUCUCCCUAUUCACCUCAUGUGCAUUCAAACGGGGAGAAGAUGGCUCUAUACGAACAGUUCACGUUUCCGCAGCACCGUCUUGUGCAGCCUUCAACAUCUUUCCCAUCAUCGGGACUUCCUUCAAGAUCUUGUUCGUCCAGUCUGCAGCAGAGCUCUUCCAACGAUGGGUCUAGGUACUACUGCCCUCCUCCAUACGGAAGCCUGGGUAUGCCUUACAUGGCAAUGAAUGUUCCUCAUCAGGCGGGACAGCCUGUGGUGAAUGGCAGUGCAACCAGUACUGUCGUGGAUAGCGAGAGCGAGAUCCAGCGAACGCCUAGCACUACUGCUACAGCUAGUGGAGGUGUCUCUUCUCACGGUGUCGGCUUUGGAAGUUUCCGUCCAUCGAGUCACGCGAACUUGAGGACUAGUUCCAGCAAGAAAGGAGGCCGGAUAAACGAUGACUGCACCGUGCCUAUUUACACUGCACCCAAAUCUAGUACUGGUUUUCCAAAGGUGUACUCGGAAGGCUCGGACUGGUCUAGUGGAGGACCCUGGCAGCCAGGUAUCGACUUGACGAAGGCCUGCCAACCAAUGCCUGUUUCAUAUGAUUACCAAGUCAACUCUUCGGGCCCCUCUAAUUCAAGAGGGGAUUGCAGGGAAGAGUCAGUUACUGGUGUGACAGGAGAGCACAGAGAAACAAAGAUAGUGUAUAGCGAGCGAGGAGUGGGAGAAGUGACUGAGCUGCCGGACGGCACAUCUCGAGAAGCUUACAAAGAGAAGCAGGUUUCGUCGUUGCGCAACCGGCACUCACAUUUUAGUGCCUUUCGAGUGCGCGGAGCAGAUACUUGUGAUCAGCCACACCGGCGAAAGAACAGUCAGUACUUUGAUGACACCUCAGAAGCUGAUGGAUUGAGGAGUUGCGGAACUGGUAAUGGCGAAUGUCUGACUGUUCUAGAAGAUGAUGAAGACUCUGCCUCAAAGCAUCGAAAAAGUUCUACCAAAACAAGAGCUACGAAAGACUCAGAGGUGUCAGACUCUCGUCGCGAUCAACCUCAGCCUGCGAGUCAAGGGUUGGGAAAGAAAGAGAAGAAAUUGGAGACCGAAAAGGCUAGGAAACCUUCUAUGUCUACUGAAUGCAGGUCUAACACCCCUGGGAGCAGCGAUGACAAUGUGGAGAACCCCAGUGACUGCGAAGUCUCAGAGCAUACACAGCCUGCGUUGUGGAGCGACAGCGAGGAGUCCGACGCAACUAUGUUGGAGGCAGACCCUUCGCACAAGAUUACUCCCAAGGAUUUGAUCAACGCUGUCGGCCAGCAAGAAUUUUGGACGGCACGAAAAAUUCUACAAAGACAGCAGAUGAUAUUCGCAUCACAAGUUUUUGAGCUGCAUUGCCUCAUUAAGGUCCAGCAGCUUCUAGUCGGAGAAGACGAAGAAGACUGGGAGGAAGAUGAUCAACAAGCUACCCCGUCCCCUCCUGAAGUUGUUCCGGAAAAGCUGCAAGGAAAGAAGACGGGCGCAGAGAAACCGUCUGCCAGGCCCGGUGUCGAGGAUCUCGAGAGCAAAGGGCCGCUUCAGCAGCCGGACAGUACUUGUCAGUCAUCAACAUCAAAACGAGCUUUUUACCAGACGUGUACUCCAGAUCCGCAGCCUGGCGUAGAAAGCGGCCCAGCGAUUCCUGUUGUUCCCAGCGCAGGCACUUCUGGGACAUCGGGUGCAUGGGGUUACCCACCGUAUGCAAAGUCUGGUGCGAAUGGUUGGUUUGGAGCUUUGCCCGCGGUUAAUGGAGCCUACAUGUAUCAGCCUUAUCCUGGCCCAUAUCCUCAGCCUCAAGCCCAUAGCAUGGGUGCUUUCAAUGGGUCAUAUCGACCCGUUAUCUGUGCUCCUACGCCCAUGGAUGUUUCUGGCAUGAGUACCUACGGUAUGCCCGGGUAUGAACAGCGACCUGAUUUAAUGCAAGAUAUGUAUAGAUACAACACUCUGCAUCAACAGUGGCAGGCAGCCAUGUACUGCAACUCUGUGGCACAGGAUCCUAACGCGUCGUGGUACUCUACACCACCAUUGCCUUACAUGGAUCCCUCCAGAAUGCCAAUGAGAUGGUACGAUGAGAUGGCCAGUUCACACUCUUCUGCUCACCCCGGGUUUCACAGGCAGCCACACCAGAGCAGCGGUCCUUCGCUGCCCACGGAUCAGCCCAUGGUUUACCCCAUGCAUCCUCAAUGGCCCGAGGCUGUCUCUGGUCAGGUGCAGGGGCGCGAAGGCGAUCGAUUUCGAGCUCAGGCAUCAUGGCCUCUUCAGGGCAGGUCGGCUGAACAAGGGUUCCAAAGACCUGUUACUUAUCCAGCUCAAGAAGUGGGAGCACCUGGAUCGCAAGUCGCGGAGGGUCGAUGGGGCAACGGUUGGGAGGCCUCAGAAGGGAAGAGUCCUCAGGACAGUAAUGGGCGCGCAGUAGAGGUUCCCGCUGCGUCUCAAUAUAGUACGGGUGAGGUACCCGAUAGCAGGGUGCACAAGAGAGGUCGGGAAACUGUCCCAGAAGCCAGGAGUCCCGCUGACCGAGAUAGGCAGAGAAAUUCUGUAGAGGAAACCAACUCUGGUGAUCAGAGGAGGGACGCAUUGCCUCUUUUUCCGUUGGCCACCAGUGCAAACGCCGGCGAGAAGCAAAAAUCGUCGAGCCAUUCCUUUCCGGGAGUUAUCAAGGUUGUCCCCAGAGCCAUGGUGGCAACAGCAGAGUCCGCAGCCGAAAUCUUGCUCUCUAUUCAGAAGCAGCGUCAGCAGUAAACACUACGACUGAAGUUUUUGCACACACGUCUCAGGUGGGUGUGUCAUCACUGCCAAUAUGUCCAGCAAGUCCUUGGGCACACCAUCUUCACCAAUGCAGAAAGAUAGGAUCCUGGCACGGUGCACGAGUUCUGCCCCAAUCGACAUGUCAACGCAUGAAAUCUUUCACCAGGAAUCUUAGCAGUAGCAGUAACGAUGUAAGGAUAGUUAGAAAGAUCAUCAUGUCUGCUGCAUUAUACAUGCGAGCGUUGCUGAACCGCAUCACUGGAACCAGCCAAUUUCAGGGUUUUUACUUCAGUGCAGUGGGAUUUGAACGAAUUUCCUUGGUGAAUCCCGUACUUGCAUUGUACCCUGGUCGACUAACUGCGGGGAAAAUUGACGAAGAGAGUCGAUGCCGGAGAGCUUCAUGGUAUGGAUAUCCGGGACAUCAAACUGGGGCCGCGUGGGACUGGAGCUACCGAAGAACAAGGAAGGUACCGCAUCACCACUGGCUGCAGUGUGGAGUUACCUAAAGUCUGACGGCAGUGAUGUGCAAUAUGUGAGUGUUUCCAAUCAGUGGCAGGCGGAGUAGGGUCUGCAGGAAGAAAGCUCUUUGAUCACUUGUUAGAAAGAGAUGCGCAUGUUACAAGCGUGCGCAUCCCUGUUCACUAUGAAGUCUGGAUGGAUACUUCGUACUCUUCAGAUUGCUCGUCGUCAGGGGAAGAAACUUUUACCCUAAAAACAUGUACCGUGCUCUCUUAUCAGAGAGAAAGUAAAUUGGAAAGAUUUGCGAGGUGGGAGUCUGUUACAUGGGGAUUAUAUGCGUGGUCAAGACAAGCAUACCCGGAGAAAUGCAAAGAUGCAGUUGUCCUCGGUAUUUUGGAGGUAGUUUGAAUUACCCAUUCUCAUCUUGCAAAGAAUUUCAGCUAGGGGAGAUACUGGAGACAUACUCAAAAGACUAGUUUAUUAUUUAUCUAGUUUGAUAGAGCAAAUCAAUUUUUGGAUCCAGUCUCACAUGUCUGGCGCUCAGGUUUCAAUGCGUAUGGAUAGUGGGACCUUUUGGGCGCCAACCCAGGAUAUACUCACACUGUUCCUGAUAAUAGGAGGGGCAAAUUCAGAAUAUGUCUAUCCCACAUUGACGAGCAUUAUUAGAGCGUCGCUCCAACCCAGAUUGGUCAUCAAUGGAUGAUAAUCUUGUGUUUUCUUGUGGGGAAAGAGAACCGCAGGUCCUACUGUAAAUUAUUGCUGUUAGUUUUUAGAGAGGCGACUUGUACAGUGCCACGAUAAAACGUCGCUUCUUUUUCAUCGGACGCAACUGUUGAAACGGAACAUAAUAUGCACAGUUCAAUCC